GAGGCAGAACUCAAGGACUGGUCCUUGGAUCAGAGAAGACCAGCUCUGGUCUGGGAAGGAAUGGGAGGAAGCUUGAGCCCAGCCCCCACCUCCCCCACCUUGCUCAGCAUUGGGCUGGGAAGGGGGCCAGACCCAAAGGACAGACGCAGAAAGCACACAAAACCUUGGAGCCUCUGAUGCCAGAUCCCGCGUGGGCCCUGCGGGAGGUUUGGGGAGCAGGGCUCUUAGCCAGUGGGCCCUGGCCCCAGGCUGCCUCAGGAAGCCAGGCUCAUGGGGUCUGCUGUGGGCACAGCAAGUAGAACCCUGGCCCUGUGUGAGGUGAGGCAUGGUUGCUAGGUGACUGCCAUGGCAGCCACUUGCCAUCAGAAGUACUCUGCUUGCUGUGCUAACCCCUCAGCUGCAGCCACCCUGGUGCCACUCCUUCCCAGGCCACCAUGUCACGGCAGCUCAACAUAGACACGUUACGGCAGAACUUCUGGAAGGAGGAAUAUCUGAGGGAAAAGAUGUUGCGCUGUGAAUGGUACCGCAAGUAUGGGUCGAUGGUGAAGGCCAAGCAGAAGGCUAAGGCUGCAGCCCGCCUGCCCCUCAAACUGCCCACCCUGCACCCCAAAGCCCCACUCUCACCCCCACCCGCCCCCAAGUCAGCCCCUUCCAAGGCGCCCAACCCUGUCCCAGAGGCUCCUUUUCAGUCAGAAAUGUACCCAGUACCACCUGUCACCCGAGCCCUGCUGUAUGAAGGCAUCUCCCACGACUUCCAGGGGCGCUACCGCUACCUCAACACUCGAAAACUGGACCUGCCAGAGACGCGAUACCUCUUCCCCGUCACCACCAGCUUCACAUACGGCUGGCAGCUGGGACCCCCAGUGAAGCAAGAACUGGUCUCCUGCAAGAUGUGCCGCAUUGAGUCAUUCUUCCGCAAGAAUGGGGCCUUCGCACUGCUUGAUCCCCGAGACCUGGCCCUCUGACGCCAAGGCAGACCACUCCAGAGGGACCUGCACAGCCUCCUCCUCAAGACCACCACGGGAGGCCUGGGAGUGAGAAGGGUCACGGUGCUGGGCGCCUGGGCCCCUCAGCACCGGCCGCUCCCCCUUCGUCCUGGUGUGCCCAUCAGGCCCAGAGAAGAAACCCGCUCUGGGCAUCUUACUUUUUACUCUUACUUAGAAGAAACCUCCCUUAGCCUUUUCUUUGUUUCUGACAGCAAAAUCAAAGGAAAUUCGAGAUGAAAUUUUAGGCCAGAGGCUGGCCUAAAAACUGCAAGUGUUUAUAAUUAACAAAAGAAAUCUAAAAAAAGAGAUGACGUGUUGCCGCUCCCCUGCAGCUGUGGAAGAAGGAGAGCUGUUCUGCAUCCAUAAAACUGGUUAAAAGGGAUUUCAUAAGGUCUGAAAUUGAGAACUUUCCCAAGAAUACUGCAUCUUGUUCUCUUGUGCAAUAUCAGACGUGUGAAUAUUCAUAACAGUAACCAAGUGGGUGCACUCUCUGUGAAAACACAUCUUUCAAAGAGUUGUUUGAACAAAGGAGUCUUAUUAAGACUCCUGGGCCUUUAGAAAUAAUUGCCACAAACUGCAAAAACAACCUCCAACCUCCCACCUCUAAUUCUCAUCGGUUGUCUUACAAGAAAAUUUAUUUCUCUGGUAAUAAUGUUAUAAUUGAUAUCCCUGACUUCUCAAGACAUAAAAUACUUGUAAAAACUUCUCUGUCAAUCAGAAAAUAAUUAUUGGCAGUUUUCUCCUCUCUCAUGUGCGUGGUGGAACAAUAAAAAGCUUGUGGCUUUGCUACAUCUAUUAUUUAACAA